CUUAGCCGACCAAUUACACCGGCUCGACUCCGAGUAUAUAGAAGAGCAACGGUAGCUCCGUCGACUGAUUUCCGCUCGUAGACCCGCGAACCGAGCAUCCACGUUCAUCAUUUUCUCGCAGCCAGCCAUGAGACUUCGAAUCCUCUUUAUCGUUUUGGUUUCGACGACGGUGGCGCAAGAACAGAACGCGCAGCGUUCUGUUCGUACACCUCAGGCGCAAAUUAAGUACCAUGAUCCAAAUGGCCUGAAGGUUGAUUGGAAGUUCUUCGGCGCGCAGAACCAAUUCCACUCUCGCCUAGAAAAUUCCCAAAUUCCUCAACAACAAGAAUUAGCUCAUCCUCAACAAUCAGCUCAUUCUCAACAAUCAACUCAUCCUCAACAAUCAGCUUAUCCUCAACAAUCAGCUUAUCCUCAACAAUCAGCUCAUCCUCAACAGUCACACGUGAGUCAGCAACAAUCUCAAUCUGAACUCGUGCAAGUCGAAUCCGACCAUUUGGAACAUAGAUCGUACUUACAACAUCAAACUCAACCGGAACCUCAGCAAAUUCCCAACCAGAUACAAUACAAGACAUUCGCUCAACCUCAACCUGUACAAGAACUACCAGAUCCAAACCAACUUCAAUACAAAGUCUAUCCACAACCUCAAGCUCCGGUGGGACCUCAAUCUGAUCACAAUCAAGUUCAAUACAGAUACUCAAAUGCUCCGUCUCACGCGAAACAAGUGAUUCUAGAUGACUUCAAGCCACAAAGUAUCCAUCCUGACUCAGCCUCUUUCGCUUAUCCAUCCAAUGCUCCAAUUGCUCAACAAUACGAUCAGCAACCAGCAAAUGCUGGCAUUUCUCAAUACGAACAAGAGAAUUAUGAACACGAGGAACAGCAGAAAUCCAGAAGAGACUACGCAGAUAGAAGUUUGCAAGGCAAAAUAGUGUACAAAGAGGACUACGAGCAACGAGAGCAACAGGAACCACAAGUGGAACAUAUAUCAGUGCCAGUCGAGAGGCUACCGCCGCCAAUUCCUCAAAAAUUGGUCAUCGACAAAAACAUGCCAAUGGAGAUCCAACAAUUGUUGCAGUAUCAGGCACGGUUACCAUACGAAGUUAUCGCGAAUAGUAUUUCUUACAAACCAAAAUCGUUGUUCGUACCGAAACCGUUUCCAGCUGAGACCAAAGGGCCAUAUCGGUAUCGAAGCAAGGUUUAUUACGUAAAUAACGAUCAGUACGAAGGCGACUAUGGGACGGCUAAGCCUGUUGAAGAAAGUCAGAGGCAUUGAGAGGACUGAAAUAUGAAACAGGUGGAGUUUAUUUGGUUUAUUUGGUGGAUCGACGCGUUGAGAUUGGCGGGUGGGGAGGAUUGAGGGAUUUGAGGAAAGGGUAUCUGGGGAUGGAAUUUGGGGUUUAGAGCUACUUGUAGUUAGUAUGUUGGAUUUUGUGACUGUUUAGAUUUAGUUUGAAUUCAGUGUUGGAGGAAGUGAGGCAAUAAACUAUUUUAUUUUAUUUUCGCAUCUAUUUCAUUAUUUUAGAUUUUAUUCAUUUAAAAUCUGGAAUAAAAUUGGAUAUUUUGUUGAAUUUAGCAUGAAACGAAUAUUCGGAAAUCUUAUUUUUCUGUCGGUAUACAGUGAAUUUGAAUAACUCAGUUCAUUUUUGUUACAGUUCUACUUUAAAUUAUUCUUCAUCGCUACAAAUUUUUAGAAAUAAUUAUUUAUCACUUUUAUAAAUUUACUUACAAUCUCAUUUUAGAAUUUUCAUGAACACAUUCAGAACAAAUGUUUGUAUUAAUGAAACGUUCUGUAUUUUUUAUACAAUCAUUAAAUAAAGUUAUGAGAAGAUAUUGUUCUGAAAAGAUUACAGAAUAUCUUUGAUCACGCUUGUUUUCAAAGUUAUUAGUUACUUGUGAUAAAAUAAGUUGCCAAAUUAAAUUAAAAUAUUUUCCUCAAACCUUCAAUUUUCUCCGUCGCACAGAAAAACUGCUGAAGAUUAAUAUUCUUCGUCUUGACGCGUUAAAAAACAAAGACAGGUUUACACUUCCUGGCUAAAUAACGAAGUGUACUCUGGUAAUUCCAACUUUCAACUUUAACAUCUUUUUUUGUUCUUUUCUAUAGCUUUAAAUAGAUACGAUUAUUUGUUAAUCUUUCGAUUUGGAUAAUAACUGAAUUUAUAAAAUUCAAUUUUAUAAAUUUUAUCGUACGUUUAGAACAAGAAACAUAACCAUAAGUAGAAUGUAUAAAAUUAAUUACUUUUAGAAGUAAAUACUUUUUCAGACCUUCUUUACAUUCCAACUAAAAGAAUUAAUCUCUACAUAAUUUAUGUCGCUAUACAAUUCACACUAAUUUAACAACUAUAAUUCAUUAAUUACAAUUGAUUGUAAACAGAAAAUAACA